UAUUAUUACAGCCUCUGUGACUAAAGCAACUAUUUAAAAAUCGUACUGUUUUAUCUGUCCUCUGAAUCAGUGUGCGAUUAAAUAAGAUCUAUCUGUAGUAGCUGUGUUAAUAUGCACCAAGUAUAUUCAGAUGCUGCCCAAAUUAACCGUAAAUGCAUAUUAAUGGCGUAUGGGGAUUGUAGUUUUUAUUUUAUGCUGAAGAGGACUUUCGGCAAUUCCUGCUGAGGGGAAAUUAUACAUUGAAUUGUUCAAGGCAGAGCGGUAUUCGUAAUAUCGAUUUAAAACUGAAAACGGCAUCUAAGUCUUUCUUAAAUGAUUUAUUUCAAAGUUUAUUUUACUAUAUUCUCUAUUUUCUAUUCAAUCUGUAACCAGGUGAAAUGCAUUCUUAUCAAUGCAACCCUGGCUUUUAUUUAUCUAAUGUAGGUCAAAUGAAUCGGACAAGAGCUGGUUCAUUGAAUUCCUUGACCAUAGCAGAAUGACAGAGUGCGUAUCGAUUGUUUUCUUUUUUUUCGGUAUUUUUAUAAUCAAAUAAUCGGUCGUAUUUUGACACAGAAUGCGCAGGUGAAAGAGAGCGGAUUAAUCGGCGCAUUAAGGUACCCGGGCUCUGACACCAGCUGUCAACACUGCAAUGCUAUUUUUCUCUUUUUUAAAAUAAGAAAAGGCAAGCUGACACUUUGAUUCAAGACGUCGAACACAUGUAAUCAUUUCAUACAAUUCCUUCACUCCCGAGGACGGUCGAGCCAGUUGCGAUCGAAUGUUUUCCCUCUGAUUACUUUUUUUUUCUUUUUCGGUGCCCUCGGGUAACAACUAAGUUCUACCUGACAGCGACUGGCAGUGGGGGGAGGUACACCUGAGGCGAGUGACAGCUGCGGGGCAGCGAUCGCACAAGCGACGGAGAACACGCACACGCAGCCGGAGCCGUCGGAGACAAUGCAGCCUGACUGCAAUGUCUAAGGCCGCUGUGAAGAAGCACCACUGGCGCUCUAAGGUGCAGGAGAGCUUUGUGCCCCUCGGUGUGCCUUCAGGGGAGUUGGGUGUUGCCAUAGGUGGUGGGGCAGAUUAUGGAGAGUUCCCAUUUGUUACCGCCACACAAGGAGGUGGGCCUAGCCUGGGAGAUCUCAUCCUGGAGAUUGGGGGCACGCCGGUGAUGGGGUUAACCCUUGGUGAUGUCAGAGGAGUCCUAAAUAGCUGCCCACACCCUGUCCGCAUCAAGACAGUUUCACAAGGGGCCACUCUGUGUAAAGACCUGAGACUAUACCUGAGUAAAUGUUUCACACCUGGAUCUGUGGACUCUCAGUUACAACAGGUGAUUCGGGAGAACCUGUACCUUCGAGCUGUGCCAUGCACUACUAGGCAGCCACGGGAAGGUGAGAUACAAGGGGUGGAUUAUAACUUUGUCUCUGUGGAGGACUUCUUUUCUCUUGAGGAAGCGGGCUCUCUCCUUGAAAGUGGCAAGUUUAAAGGGAAUUACUAUGGAACGCCACGGCCAGUUCAUAUCAGCCUGGACAGUCCCCCUAUUUCAUAUCAGGAGCAUCGAAACUUGCUGCAGAAGUUUAAAAUGAGAUGCAAGUCACUUAGCAACCUGGAAAAAGCGGGAGAAGAUGAGGAUUACAGUGAGGAAGACUCCGGACUGUCAGGGGGCUCAACGAUUAACAACUCUGCUCCAAUGGGCCGCUCUCCCAGUCAGUCACGGGAGUCCAGUGCAGGGGAUGGAAGCACAGUUGACAAUGGCCAUGAGUCGCUGCCAGACAACUGGGAGAUGGCGUUCAGUGACAAUGGAGAGCCAUACUUCAUCGACCACAACUCAAAAACUACUACAUGGCAGGACCCCAGAAUCCAAGGAAAGGACAACCAGAACACUUCAGAGAAGAUAACCAUGUUCACAGACAACCCCUCUGAGCUAAAAGGCUACUCCAUUCAUACACGCCUCUGCAAGGGUCCUCGUGGCUUUGGCUUCAACAUUGUGGGAGGCAGUCGACCUCAGGAGUUUCUGCAGGUGUACAGCGUCAGCCCUGGAGGACCUGUGUCUUUACAGACAGCUGAUAUCUUGGUCUUCAUCAAUGAAACCUGUGUUUUAGGAUUGUCACAUAAGGAUGUUGUUGAAAUACUCAAAUCAGUUCCAGUUGGGCACAGCGUGAAUUUGGUAUUGAGACGAGGCUAUCCAAUGUUGUACAACCCAGAUGGUUUCCCAAAGACCAAAGUAGAGACCCCCUUAAUGAGUGAAACCCUACAACCUGAAGAGAGGUUAUCCAAUGCUUCUAUCAGUGUAAAUGGAUAUCCCACAACACCUACCAGUCAGCAGGAAACCAAUAUGGAUAGCAUCAAUAACAACAAGCAGCCUUCAUCUGAAGUGACACUCGGCCAAAUGCCUGGACAUCUGGUUGUCACUCACACAGAGGAGCUGACAUCCAGUUCAGAAAGUGCAGUCAAUGUGCUGUCUCCCUGGGAGCAAAGGCCCAAUCAAGUUCAGUCACAGAACCAAAACAACAACUCAUUACUGGCUGCUCCACCAGCUGUUGCUUGUACUGCCAACAAAAUCUCCCAUGGAGCACAGAAAAGUGUCCUGGUAGCAGAUGUAAAAAAUAGCAGACCAGCAGCUCCUGACGUUGGUUCAUUCACCCAAUCAACACAGCAGUCAUUUUCAGGAGGCUCUGUGGAAUGUGCGGAGAUGGACUGUGGUGCCAGAGGUUGUGCCUUUGAUGGCUGUCCAGGCAAUAGCUACCCAUCUUCAUAUGCACAAGUGCCACCAGUGACUAGAGAGCUCAUCCCUGUGCCAAUUAGCCAGAGCGAGAAGGGACCAGGCUUCACUGUAACCGCAGGUGGGCCAGGAGGUCACACGGUAGUGGUGAGCCGGGUAUGGGACCACAGGCAGUGCCGAUGCUUGGAGCAAGGUGAUGCCAUCAUGAAAAUCAAUGGAGCUGACAUUCAGUGCCUCACUGCUGCCCAGGUGGAGAGGGUCCUGCAAGAGCAGAUACGACAGGGAGAUGUGGUGCUCUUGGUCUACCGCGAUGUUUCUCCAGGGGCUGGAGCUUCAAUGUAUGUCACAGGAACGCAGUCUAGUGGACACAGUCCCACGGACCCUGGGCUGAGAGGUGCACCACCAAGUGUCAACUGUGGAGCAGAGACAUCAAUUGAGCUGAAAAAGCACAGUCCUGAAGAUCUUCUUUUAGCUGUUCCAUCAGGUCAACUUCUUCUAUGUAGCCCUACACAGGAGGGCAUGAAGUCACCACUGGACUUAGUAAAGAGUACCAGCUUCCUAGAUCCGGUUCCUGUCACUCUCACUCUGGAACCACGUGACUGGAUGACACCACCUGCCAAAAAUCCUGAACCUGAAACAAAAGAAGAAAAGGAGAAGGAGAAAGAAAAGGAGAAGGAGAAAGACGCUUCCUGGCAGGCCGCAAAGGUUGAGAGCCGCUCACCAACUGAACCCUGGGCGCAAGAGGCACGGGAGAUAGAGCUGCUACGUCAGCCAGAUGAAGGUUUUGGAUUUGUCAUCGUCACUCGAGAUGCUAAAAAUGGUCAAGCUGACUCUCUGUUACCUCACAAGAUAAGCAAAAUUCAGAAGGGAAGCCCUGCUGACCGAAGUGACCGAUUAAAGGUGGGGGACCGCCUAGAAGGUGUAGAUGGUCACUCUAUCCUCACCAUGCCUCACAGAGACAUUGUGGAGCUGUUUCGGAAGGCAGGCAACUCCAUUCGCUUGCGCAUCAUUCCCCGCAGCAGCACCAAUUCUUCAAGUCUGUCUGAAUCCACUGAUGUUGAAGGAGACUGUAGAGGCCACAGGAGUCAGAGGUCACGAUCAAAGGAUUCACGAUAUUACAGCGUGGACUUAGAGAGGGGUCCCACGGGGUUUGGAUUCAGUCUUCGAGGUGGCAGUGAGUACAACAUGGGACUUUAUGUCUUGGGACUAAUGGAAGGAGGACCAGCCUCACGAAGUCGUAAAAUCCAGAUCAGUGAUCAGCUUGUGGAGAUCAAUGGAGAAAACACAGCUGGCAUGACUCACACCCAGGCAGUGGAACAGAUCCGGAGAGGGGGCCGUCGCAUUCACCUCGUCCUUAAGAAAGGGAAUGGAUAUGUACCACACUAUGGCCCUGACAAAAAGGGAGAACUCUCGUCCACUGCUAAAUCAGGGCUCAUCCGUGGCAUUCAGUUCAAAAUCCAGCAGGGUGUGGCUUCAAUAGCUCACCAUGCUGGUAUUGCUUCCUCCAGUAACAAGCACUGCUCCAAGACUCCGCCGGAAUUAAGGAGAGGGGAUAGCAAUCAACCCUGGCAGUCACCUGCUGAAAAUUAUUGUGAGGGGAAAGAAUUGAAGAAAAAGAAAAAAGGACAGACUGCAACUGCAGAGUCCAAUAUUAGUGCAUCUAAUGUAGAGCCCGAUUGGUGGAGGCAGUGGGAUUGUUUGCAAAGUAGACUGAAAGAGAAAGGAACCAGUUGCACCCUAAAAGAGGAUCCCCGAGACAUUUCAUUAGACAACAGUAAAGAGAAGGAAGCAUACUGUGUUUUGGGAAGAGACCUUGAAAAUGACAGAGAUGUUGGACUAUUUGCAAAUACUGAGAAAGACAGAAAACAAAAAGACUGGAGACCCAUGAAGAGAGAUGAAUUUGGAGAGAAACUUGGAGGAAACAAGGAUGGAGAUGAAGGCGCCAUCAAGCAGAGUAGGAACCGAGAUGAGAGUAGUCAUGAGGAUAGGGUUGAAGACAGAGUGAGGGAGAAAAGGGAGAGAUCUGGGGACCGACGUCAGGACAGUAGGGAAAGAGCUGGAGACAGACACAAAUACAAAUCCAGAGACCGAGAUGAGACUUGGGAGGAACCUGAUGACCAUGGACGAGGUGACCCAGAUGGGGAUGGAUUCCAAGAGGUGGGUAGAAGCAGGCCCUGUAGCAGAAAUUUAGAUCAUAAAAAUGGAGGGCAAAAGCCAGUUGACCCUAGCGAUAAAAGCAAGAUGGAAGUCCAGCAAGAGAUAACCAAUAGACAUACAACAAGGAAGUCUGCAAACAAGCAGUACAAUACCUCAGCUCUACAGGCUGCUAAAAUGGAAGUACCUCCACAGCUCGAUACAUUCUCUCAAUAUGCGAUAAAAGACAAGACACCAAUUAAUGCCCAGAGUCCACUGCUCAGUGACCAACAAGACUCUGUAGCCUGUGUUAGCAUAUUGGAAGAGACAUGGAAUGAGCAACCUUUGGAAAAAGCAGAGUUGAAACCAGGGUUAGGAUGUUUGGGCAGACAGAUCUCCAUGGUGUCACCUGUGCAAAAUGAAAUGGGUGGAAGUAUGGAAGAAGGAGAGGCUCAGGCAAGGAAGACAAUGCUACCUGGUCCAUGGCUAGUCCCCAGCAAGGAAAAACUCUUGGAGGUUCUGGGAUCAAACAGACUGAAAUGAAGAGAAGUGAGACUGCAGGGAAAAAAUGAAAAGCCAUUCUAAACUUUUCCUAAUGCUCAGACAGCCUUGAGGAUGAUUUUGGAUGCCACAGAGCUGUUUUCAAAGGAUACCUAAAGAUGUGCAUCACAUCCACUUGUUUAGCAGUUGCACGUCUAAGCAGAGCUUAUGACUAAUGUGGGAAAAGCUGUACUGUAGUUUAUCUUAAUUUAAGGUUUGAUUUACCUAAGGCAGCCAUUUGUCAGCUGUACUUAUUUGUCAGCUAAUGUGCGGAUUGUUCAGGGGAAAACUGCCACUUUAGCAGGAUGGCUGGCACAGCCAUUCAGUGUCCCUGUAGUAUCCAUCCACAUAGUCAAUCCAUGUCAAGUAUUGCUAGCCAUGCCACUAGGGCUUCUACAGUUUACUCUUUCUUUCAAGGCAACAAGAAGAAAAUGUUAGAAUGAAAAGAUGUCUCAGGACUGCCUACAGCUUGAGGGUAUAUCAAAAUGCGUUGCCUUUAAAAGUCCAAAAUACCUAUGCCUUGUAUUGCACAUCAACUCCAGAAAUGAUACUUGAGCCACUUCUGCAUGUCGUUGAAGUAAAUCCACAUCCAAGGCCUGAGUGAAACAUGUUGAAGAAAUAAUCCAGGUGGCUUUUUGUUCUGACCAAAUUCUUAAACAGAAGUAAAUUUCAGCCAUUUUAUCAAAAGAAUGUAUUAACUAAAUUCAGCCCCUUCUUCAUCUUUUCUGUCCUUCUAAAUACACAUUUUACAGUAAGCAGAUUUACCAUUAGCACUGUCUAGUGUGCCACAAGUGUUCAUUUGUCAUGAAGAAAAAGAAGAAUAUGAAUAACAGCAAAUUGAUAAAAAAAUGUAUUCAAUCACACAAAGCACUAAGAUGUUUGCUGACAAAUGAGUGUGAAAAUUAACAGUACAGAAGAUAAGUAUUGAACGUGUCAACAUUUUUCUCAGUAAAUAUAUUUCUAAUGGGGCUAUUGACAUGAACUUUUCACCAGAUGUCGGUAACAACCCAAGUAAUCCACACAUACAAAGAAUUCAAAACAAAUAAGUCCAUAAAUUAAGUUACGUGUAAUAAAGUGGAAUGACACAGAGAAUAAGUAUUGAACACACUUACUGAAAUGUAUGUAAUACUUAGUAGAAAAGCCUUUGUUAAUAAUGAGAGCUUCAAGACGCCUCCUGUAUGGAGAAACUAGUCACAUGUAUUGCUCAGGUAUGAUUUUAGCCCAUUCUUCCACAUAAACGGUCUUCAGAUCUUGAAGGUUCCAGGGGCUUCUUCUAUGAACUCAGAUCUUCAGUUCUUUCCAUAGAUUUUCAACUGGAUUUAAGUCAGGGGAUUGACUGGGCCAUUCUAGCAGCUUUUAUUUUCUUUCUCUGAAACUAAUUGAGAGUUUCCUUGGCUGUGUGUUUAGGAUCCUUGUCUUGCUGAAAUGUCCAUCCUCAUUUCAUCUUCAGCAUCCUGCUAGAUGGCAGCAGAUUCUUAUGAAGAAUGUCCUGGUUGAUUUCUCCAUUCAUCCUUCCUUCAAUUAUAUGAAGUCUGGUAUGGUGUUUUUCGGGUGAUGUGCAGUGCCAUUUCUCCUCCAAACAUGGUGUGUGCAAUGACAUCCAAAGAGUUCAAUUUUGGUCUCAUCUGACCAGACUAUAUUCUUCUAGUAUUUCAUUAGCUUGUCUAAAUGUUGUAAACUUUAAAUGACCUUCAAUAUGCUUUUUCUUCAGCAGUAGAGUCUUGCACGGUGAGUGUGCAUAGAGGCCAUGGCGGUUGAGUGCAUUAUUUAUUGUUUUCUUUGAAACAACUGUACCUGCUAAUUCCAGGUCUUUCUGAAGCUCUCCGCGAGUGGUCCUUGGCUCUUGAACAACUCUUCUGAUUAUUAUUUUGACUUCUCUGUCAGAAAUUUUGCGAGGAGUACUUGGUCAUGGCCAGUUUAUGGUGAAAUGAUGUUCUUUCCACUUCCGGAUUAUGGCCCCAACGGUGCUCACUGGAACAUUCAGAAGUUUAGAAAUGCGUCUGUAAUCAAUGCCAUCAGUAUGUUUUGCAACGAUAAGGUUGCAAAGGUCUUGAGAGAGCUCUUUGGCUUUUACUCAUCAUGAGAUGCUUCUUGCAUGACACCUUGGUAAUGAAAAACCUUUUUUAUAGGCCAUCAAUUAGGACUAAACCAGCUGAUAUUAAUUUGCACUUAUAGGGUGCAGGAUUGUUUUCUAAAUACUGACAGAUUUCAUCUGCUUUCUUGGCUUUCCGUGCCUAUUUGCACCUCCUUUUCUUCUUGUGUUUAAUACCUUUUCCCUGUGUCAUACCACUUAAUUACACACAACUUAAUUUAUGGACUUAUUCGUUUUGAGUUCUUUGUAUUUGUGGAUUACUUGGGUUGUUACCGACAUCUGGUGAAAAUUUCAUGUCAAUAGCCCAUUAGAAAUAUAUUUACUGAGAAAAACGUUGACAGUUGGCCUUCAGUUGAAUUCUAUAUAUUCUUGUAUUGCACUCUCCAGAGUACAGACUCUUAACACAAACUUUCAACUAUACUGUAACACUGAUAAAGUGCUAAACCUUAUGACUUUAUAACUAUACCUAUCAAUGAUAAAACUGAAAAAGCUGUGCCAAUAUUAAGUCCCACUAACACAAAAAUUCAAAUAUGACAAGUUUAGUACUGAAAAAGAAAAAUAUACAAUUUAUAACAUUUCUGAAGAAACAAAAAAACUCCUUUAGGGUCCACAAUUGAUGAUAACUAGUAACAUAAUAAUCCUAGUAAGCUGUUUUUGUUGUUUUAUCUUUUAUUUUUACAUGAUAGGGCACAUCAUUAGUCGUAGGGACAAUAAUGAUUGCCAUUUGAGGCACUUCAGUGCUGUCGGUGUCAACUUAAGCUCAAUCAGGCAAAAUUAGGGUUGUGUAAAAUAUAUUAUUAAAAUAUGUUAUGAAAUGAAUAUUAACUGCUUUAUAACAAUGAGAUUAAAUUGUAUUUAUAUUGCACCUUCCAGAAUACAAGAUUGCUAAAGAAGGCAAACACACAAAUGAAUAUAAUAUUUGCUCUUGUCCAGACAGAUGUAGUGCAUGCUGGGUUACAAAUGUAAAAUGCUUUCCAUGUUUAUCUGUAGUGGAUGGGCCAUAUUUUAGGUUAAUCAGAUGAGCACUCAAGAUUUAAAUGCUGUUAAAGAGGGUUGGCCAAUGUAACAUGUGCUUUAUCACACUAGUAAAGAGAAAAUGAAACUGUAUUUUAUAUACAGUAUAUGGCUGCUCCCUUAACACUGAGUUCUUUGUGACAAUUGUAAUUCCAUAAUUAGGUGUUUAUUUUUCACUCUUAUGGUCAGUUAUCCUUGAUAUUUAUGGAUUUUCCACCACAGUCGUCACAGGGAGAUGGAGCCUGGCUUGACAGAGUUAAAUGCAGGACUGAAGCUAAGCCAUGAUGGGGCAUCAGUCCACUCCAGGGCACACUUCCCAAUACACAUAUACAGUAGAUUGGGAGCUGGGAAUCAGAAUGACUGACAUGCUUUUUUUUUAGUGUGGUAGGAAAUGAGUGAAUUACACACAGACAGAGGCUGCUGCAGCAUUUCCAUUAAAUCAUAUAACAGUUUAAGAUAUUAAUAAAACUGCUCUAAUUAAAUUAAUUCCAGGCCAUUAAGGGCUGGAGUGCAAGUCCAGUUCAUCACAGGGCUCAUCCACACACAGCAAACCUCGUGCCAAUUUAGAAAUGCAAAUUAACCAACAAUUUUGAGGAUGUGCGAGAAAAACUAAUUUAAACACGGGGUGAAUGUGUAACUACAUGUCAACAGUAACCAGCCAAAGAAUUCAAACUGAGGACAAUGGAUCUGCAAAGUGGCACUAAUCACUGUGCCACCAUGCCACCCAAACUGUUAUAAUGAGUUUGAAAUUUCUACUUUGGGUCUUUAAUUUAGAUUUUCUGCAGCCUUCCUGGAAUCAAUUUCCAGCAAGAUGUCUGUGUGACGUAUAACCUGUAAACCGACUGUGAUCAAUAUCAUUCCAAUGUUUCAGGACUGAAGCAUUACAGAGCAAAAUCAAUUCACAAGAACUUUGGUUUCACUAAGUGCAAUUUUUGUCUUUUUUAACAGACAGAAGAAAGAAAGUCCCCUUUUGAAAUUCUGUUUUAAAUAAAGGUGGAAAAUUAAAAAGGGUAUACAUUUCUUUCAGAGCAUAUUUGAAUAGCUUGUCAAAAUCUUCAGUCUACCUUCAUUUUAUUUGUCCAUCCAUCCGUCCAUUAUCCAACCCACUAUAUCCUAACACAGGGUCACGGGGUCUGAUGGAGCCAAUCCCAGCCAGCAUAGGGCACCAGGCAGGAACAAAUUCUGGGCAGGGCGCCAGUCCACCGCAGGGCACACACACACCCACACACCAAGCACACAAUAGGGACAAUUUAGGAUCGCCAAUGCACCUAACCUGCAUGACUUUGGACUGUAGAAGGAAACCCACGCAGACACGGGAAGAACAUGCAAACUCCAUGCAUGGAGGACCCGGAAAGCGAACCCAGGUCUCCUUACUGCGAGGCAGCAGCACUACCCACUGCGCCACCGUGCCACCACUUAUUUUAUUUGUGCUGUAGAGAAUGUCACCACACUGUAAUCUAAAACACUGACAAGGAGACCUCACACUGGCCAGUAGUCCAUUGGCUUUGUUAUUUAUGAUGCUGGACUGGAUGGCAUUGGUGUCAGUUAACAUAAAACAUUAAGAAUGUGAGAGGAACAACACAGAUAACACAAGAAAGUGAGCCAGGCACUGAACCCAUGACCCCACAACUGUAAGGUGACAGCAGAUCUGUAGAUAUCGACUGCUCACCUACUGUUAUACACAAACGGCUGUCUUUAUAUUCAUUAUCCCUCAAUUUCCAAAGUCAUUUGAAGUUAUCUGCUUGAACUGUGCACUUCAACUGUCCUAGAGCCAUCUUUCCAAAUUCUCAACCCUGUUAUACAACUGUAUUUUGUUCUAGUUUUAGUCAUCUCAAAGGAGAAGAGGCACUGGGUGCUACAAUACAGCUAGCCACUGACUUGUGGUAAAGGUUCAAUGAAUGUGCCAGCUGUCCUUCAGGGGGCAGUAUCCACUGGGGGCAGUGCUUUGUAUUUCAAUUGCAGUGUAUAUUUAUACAUGUUCAAUAAUUCCAUAUCUGUUUUUUAAAAAUUACUUUUGCAGUUUGAAGAAAUCAAUGUAAUUUUUUUCUGAAAGGAAAGAACACUUUAAGAAGACAAUUGUACUCUAUUGCUGGCAAGCAUUGUUUAUCCAUUGCUUUUUAAGAGUGUUAAAUCUUUAUCUGGUCUAAUGCAACAUUUUUAAGGGAGAUCCUCAUUUUCUAGCAGGGCAACAUCCAUUUUACUUCUGAGCCAAUAACGUCACUUACAUCCAUUUUACUGUACAGUUCUUUUUUUUUUCCUUUCUGUUAAAGCUGGUACAGUAAAUCGGUUUGAGCCUUGUGAACAAAUAUAUAUAUAUAUAGCAUGCACAUUUAUAUACAGUAUUCUGCAAAAAGAGAGCUUUGUACAGUUGUAUCUAACGUUUUCUGCUUAAAAUAGAUUACCCCUGUUAUUUACUUACAAAUGUAUUUACAAUAUUCCAGUUCUGAGUAAUAUAUUUUCUAUAUAAAAUGGUCCAGGUAUAGACUUUUUGACAGAUGCUUUUAACAAACGAUGCCUGUGGAUAGUGUACAGAACUGAUUUUUACAUUACAAAUGAGUCAUUCAUAGGCUGUCUUCAAAUGGCCAGUCUUGAGGGCUGAUUUUUUAAGAGUGAUCCCAGGCAGCUAGUAAGAAAUAUAUUUACAAUGGGCUAGUUUGGGGCCAAACACAGUAUUGUGACUUUUCAUUACAGAUGGACCAAUUCUAUGCCAUAACCUGUAGUGUUUUAUAAUGGGGCAUGACACCAGCAUCACUCGUCCCCAUGUAUUUCCAAAGAUGCUCUGCUGCUGUUGCUUCUUAGCAACCCCUUUAUCAGUCUGGGCAGCCAGAUGUCCUCUUUAGUUAGUAUUUUUGUUAAGCUUGGUGACUUCUUCCUACAUUUGGCCCCAAAUAUCCAGCAGUGUGUGGGUUCCAUAUCUAAAAAAAUUAGCUACCUCCUCCUACUUUCAGUGUACAAUCUUUUCUUUCUGCUCAUUCAAGUUCCUUCUUGGUAAACAUUUACACGGGCAGUAAUUAAUGCUGCUGUUAACAAAGUACAUUUCACUGCUAAGAACUAUCCCUGUAAAUUCACCAAAUGUCUGCUGCUUUAGUCAAAAAAAAACUUCUAGAGGAAUAAUUGACUUUAAUUUAGAAACAGGUCCUAAACAUGUACCUAAUUUGUUAGAUGAGGAAAUUAACACUGUUGAAUAUUUCUGAACUGAAAGAGAGACAAGUGAAGGAAAUGUCCUAAAAAGAAUACAAUAUGUUUACAUAAAGAAUCAAUUAAGAAAUAUGUUAAGUGGAGAAUAACAGACAAAUACGAGAAUGCCAGAUGGGUAUUUCAUGGAGUUCUUUUACCUGCUCAUGUUAACCUGAUGGUCCAGGCUUUGUUGGUUUCACAACAGUGACUUUAUUUUAAAGCAGUAUUAUAUACAGUAAUCCAAACCAGGAUUAUGACAGCAGGCUAAACAUGUCUGAGUACAUGGAUAUUCAUUCAUUUUCCAACGGCCAUAUUCAUUUCAGCUUGUCCCAGCAGCACUGAGUCAGGUAGCAGGCCUGGGCUGGAAAUACCCACUUGUACUGACCUUGCCUUUUUGCCAGUUGCCAGUAUAUGGGAUGUGGGAGGAAAGCUCAUGCAGACAUAAAAAGAGUUCCACACAGGCAGUUCCAGGGCCAGCAGUGAAACCCAAGACUCUGUGUAUGUGCGGCACAAGGUCAGGGAAAAAAAGUGAGACUCACAUUAUUUUAAUACCAGUAAUGGUGCACUGCAUGAUAACGUGCAGUCAGUACACUUGACUUGAGCAUUCAUAGUGUUCAUACUCUUUCUCUGUACGUUUACCAUUCGUUUGCUCAGAGAUUGAUGCAAUUGCUGCUUCCUGAGCAGCUCUUCUUUUCUCCACCCUAGCGGCCCGCUGCUUCUCUUUCGUCUGCAUCUUUUCAUGUUAAAACGGAUUAAGUCAGUGUUUGUGUUGCAAUUACUUAGUACGUUUUCUUUAAUUUUUCACUUAAGCAGGCACUUAAGUCUUCAAUCUGCCUGAAGAUUGAUUUAAGAUAUGAAGAGGUAGAGGAAGUGACGGCGAAGGUGGUAGGAAUGAAAAUGGCACCCGUAUGCACGCGCCGCAGAGCCGCUGCCAAGAGCUGAUUCUACAAUAAAAUAAAAAUAAAAAGAGGAAUAAUCUUGGAGGUCAAUCAUCACCCCGAAAGCGGAUAGUAUAUGUCACGUAGUAUAUGUGUAUUAAAUUUCAGGUCAAUAGGUCAAACGGUUUGCGAGCUACAGGUGAUUUAAAAUCCUGGACAGACAAACGAACAGCCACAGUAGCGUAUUAUAUAGAAAGAUAAAUAAGAAAGAACUUUGCACUUUAAAAAUAAAAAAUUACUACUUUUUCUAAAAUCACAGCUCCAGAUAAAGAUAAAGCAAGAGAGGCAGCUUACAAAGCCUCAUACUACAAGUCUCACUUAGUGAUGCUCAGUGCUGAUUAAGUAAUAAUGUUCAUUCACAACAGACUCAUCCCUCCACAACCCAAUGUGUUUACUGGCAGACUCAAAGACUCAUACUCAGCCCCACUUACCCAACACCUUCUCUAACAUGAUAGCCAUGACAUUGAUUAUAUCCAGUAUUUGCAUUCAACUGCUCUGGGCUAUUGUGGUUAUGCCACAAAAUGCUGAAAUGUGUCCGCAUGUCAUUCCAUCUUUUGCAUUUAUGUCUACAAUCAGUGAAGCCGCACAGACACCAAAGUCAUUUGUGAAGGCCUCCAUGCCCAGACAUGGGUACUCUUAGAACUGUUGAGUGAGACCAGUUUAAGUCUGAGCAUAUUGUUAUGGAUACCGACAUGUAUACAGUUUUCAGGUUAUCCAGCAUACUUAGUGAGUGAGCUUCAUGAAAUAAUCCACUGGUCUACGAUACUCACUGAUGUUGACUCCUGAAGGGAUUUAUUGAAUUAUUUGCAGAAGACGAGCACUGAUUAACUUAUUCCCAUUUCCUAAACUUGUCUGAAGUCUGGGCAUAUUUUUUUCCAUUCUCAAGAAGAAAGUUAGCUAUCCAUUUUUAUUUCAGACCAGUAGAAUGGAUGGAAAGAGAAAAAGGCCAAAUGUCCUAAAUUUUCUUUAGAUUUGAAUUACAGUAAGGGAUCAAGCACUCAGUAUUCAUCUCCAAUCCAUAUUAAACAAAGGAGGUUUAAAAUAUGUUUGGAUAUGGCAAUCCACAUAGAAAUAGUUUAGAAUAACUUAUGAAACGUUGUGCAGCAGAGAAUUUUACUUUUUUAAAUAACUGUAUUAAUCUCCACUUAUAGUAUCCAUGACAAAUGAAAACAACUGAUAUGAAACCAUUUUAACCAAACAUCUGGAAUGGUAAUUUUGAUAAACCUACCAGUAAGCCAGAUUUAGCAAACAAAAGGAUGAAAGGCAGCAUCCAUUUUCAUUGGUUAAGAAGUUAUUUGUCAUUUUAUUUAAUACUCAUAUAUCCCUAAUGCCAAGGUUGCCAUAACAGUUAAAUCACAGAAGACAGUAUACUAUAAACGUCUCCUCCUAUUACAGAUUCCUGCCCCCAACCCCACAGUGCCUUGUGUGAGCAGACUGCUACUUCAGGACUGCAGCCGCCACUCUUGAGAAGAUUUCUAGGGUGGGAUGCUCUUUUAUCCCCAGGGUAGCAAAGGAUGCAACAGUUAUCAAAAAAAAAAAACUUUUAUAUUGUAAACUGAUACUGUACCAAACAAAUAUCUCAGAUGUAUGUUCUCAUAUUAACACUUCCUACCUGUAUAUUACAUGUGCCAUCAAUAAAUCUGACAAUCUAAACUUGAAACAAUAA